ACCGAAAAAGAAGAACGUUACAGCUAAAAAAAACACACGCGCUUUUCUUCUUCCUAUAAACCCGUCGAACAUAUAGCAAAAAAGAGAGAGAGAGAAAACUUCGCAGCUUUCAUGGAUUUGAAAACGACGCCGUUGAGGUUCACUCUGGGCAAGCAGUCGUCUCUGGCGCCGGAGCGUGAAUCCGACGCCGGAGACGCGGAGGAGGACGAGGUGGAGGUGAUCGAUCCCCGAGUGAGGCUCAUGUACUUGGCCAAUGAAGCCGACUUGGACGGGAUCAAGGAGCUUCUCGAUUCCGGCAUCGACGUCAAUUUCCGCGACAUCGAUAAUCGGACGGCGCUGCAUGUCGCCGCGUGUCAGGGCUACUCCGACGUCGUUUCGCUGCUGCUUGAGCGCGGAGCUGAUGUUAAUACUAAAGAUCGCUGGGGCAGCUCCCCUCUUGCAGAUGCUAUAUACUAUAAGAACCAUGAUGUGAUCAAGCUUCUGGAGAAGCGCGGCGCGAAGCCUCUGAUGGCACCAAUGCACGUUAAGUAUGCGAGAGAAGUUCCCGAAUAUGAAAUUGAUCCCAAGGAGCUUGAUUUUACUAACAGUGUUGAAAUAACCAAGGGAACAUUCCAUUUAGCAUCUUGGCGCGGAAUACAGGUUGCUGUGAAAAGGCUUGCGGAGGAACUAAUUGUUGACGAGGCUAAAGUGAAGGCAUUUACGGAUGAGCUUGCAUUGCUUCAAAAGAUACGGCAUCCAAAUGUAGUGCAAUUUCUGGGUGCAGUAACUCAAAGUAGUCCAAUGAUGAUUGUAACAGAAUACUUGCCUAAGGGAGACCUACGUGCAUUUUUAAAAAGAAAAGGAGCAUUGAAACCGUCGACAGCUGUGAGAUUUGCACUUGAUAUUGCAAGGGGAAUGAAUUAUUUGCAUGAGAAUAAACCAGCACCAAUUAUUCAUCGUGAUCUUGAGCCUUCAAAUAUAUUGCGAGAUGAUUCUGGGACCAUAAAAGUUGCUGAUUUUGGAGUGAGCAAGUUGCUGACGGUUAAAGAAGAUAAGCCUUUGAUUUGUCAAGAUGCUUCAUGUCGAUACAUAGCUCCUGAGGUUUCUAAGAAUGAAGAAUAUGAUACAAAAGUGGAUGUAUUCUCUUUUGCUUUAAUCCUACAAGAGAUGAUAGAAGGCUGUCCACCAUUUUCUGCCAAGCAAGAUAGUGAAGUUCCAAAAGUAUAUGUUGCAAGAGAGCGCCCACCUUUCAGAGCUCCAGUAAAGCGUUAUGCACAUGGCCUUAGAGAGUUAAUUGAGGAGUGCUGGAAUGAGAAGCCAGCUAAAAGACCAUCGUUUAGGCAAAUAAUCUUGAGGUUGGAAUCUAUUUACAACACCAUCGGCCAUAAAAGGCGUUGGAAGGUUAGACCAUUGAAAUGCUUUCCAAAUCUAGAAGCCAUGUUGAGGAAAGAUCAUAUCAGUCUGAGCAGCAGAAGCCGUUCAUCACGUUCCUCUGCUAGCAGCAUAUAAAAACAGAAUCUUAUAUGAAUGUCUAAACAGCUAGCAGACGUUACCAUCUCCAGCUUGAUAGCGGAAACUUUGUUCACAAGACAGUAGAAUUCGGUUGUGCAACUCCACUAAUAGUCAUUAAAUUUGAAUUCUUCAAGAUUCUUUUUAACUCUCCCUUUGAUAACCUGGGCUGAGAACCGCAUUUUGUAUAUCGCAUUGUGCAUGUAAGUGCAUCUUAUGUGUAAUCCAAGAAUAUUUACUUAGCAUCGCCGUGAAUAUAGAACUGACGAUGUUAUGCUGAAGCAGGAGUACUCUGGUAUUGCCUUUUGUGAGAUAGGUUUGUAACUCAGUAAGUAAAGCUUUGGAAAUAUGGCAUUAUUUGACAUAAAUUAUUUUGCA